AUGGAGGCGGAGGCGGCACCCACGCCGGCUCCCGGCGGCGGGUGCUCGGUGUCAGCGGAGGAGAUCGAAAAGUGGAUGGAGGAGGCCAUGCAGAUGGCCAAAGAAGCCCUAGAAAGUAUUGAAGUUCCUGUUGGCUGCCUUAUGGUCUACAACAAUGAAGUUGUGGGGAAGGGAAGAAAUGAAGUUAAUCAAACCAAAAACGCCACUCGACACGCAGAGAUGGUGGCCAUCGAUCAGGCCCUGGACUGGUGUCGGCGAAGUGGCAGGAGCCCGUCCUCGGUGUUUGAGCACACGGCGCUGUACGUCACCGUGGAGCCCUGCAUCAUGUGUGCAGCCGCGCUCCGCCUGAUGAAAAUCCCGCUGGUUGUAUAUGGCUGUCAGAAUGAACGUUUCGGUGGUUGUGGCUCUGUUCUGAAUAUUGCCUCUGCUGAUUUACCAAACACUGGGAGACCGUUUCAGUGCAUCCCAGGAUAUCGGGCUGAGGAAGCAGUGGAAAUGUUAAAGACCUUCUACAAACAAGAAAACCCGAAUGCACCAAAGUCAAAGGUUCGGAAAAAGGAAUGUCAGAGAUCCUGAACUUGCUCUCAUGCAGGACUAAUGCGCCCGGAUGGAAUUCUUGCCUGGGAGCUGCUGACAUCAGUAUAUGGUGUAUGUUGUCCUUAACCCGCGGGGAAAACGGUCUCUCAUCAUUUCCUCUGUUAAGGGAACAAGUGAACACUUCGAAAAAGUUUGACAGUUGUAAUCAACUAUUAGUUUUUCCACAAGCUGAAAGAAUAGUUUAAGAAGAGAGAAAGUGAAAGAGUGAGGUUUUAGAAGUUAGUAAGCAGUACGGUGCACUUCCUGCCGAAACCAUCGUGCCCAGUCCAGGCCGGUGCGGUCAGAGGGAGCGGCAGACACACUUCCCUGGCGCGUCUGGCCGGGCUGUGCCACCGCGGCACCUGCUGGGCGCCUGGCGUCGCAGACUUGGAGUCGGCAUUCUGUGCAGCCACUGUAUUCUCCCUGGGUGUUGGGGGCCCGUGACUUCUUGGGAAUUGUAUAUGACUUGUAUACGUGUAGGCCAUGAUUAUAUGGUCUUUUGAACAGAUUUUUUUGCCUUUAUAAAUCAUUUAGAGAAAAUGCAUAUUUUGAAACGAGUGCUCAAGUGUCAUUUUAAAUUGCAACAUGUUGCUCAGAUAAAACCAUAU